AUGGAAAAACUUCUCCACUGGUCAAUCGCCAACUCGCAAGGCGACAAGGAAACUGUUGAUAAGAUAGGUCAGCCAGAUCCCAAACUUUUAGCUCAACUAUUUGGGAGUGGUGGGCCUGAUGACCCCACUUUAAUGAAAGAGGCAAUUGCUGUAAUUUCCAAUCCAGAAGCAGACUUAGAAAACAAGCUGAUUGCGUUCGACAAUUUCGAGAUGUUGAUCGAAAAUUUAGAUAACGCCAACAAUAUCGAGAAUAUGAAGCUUUGGGUACCUUUGCUGAAGACUUUAGAUGCAGAGCAAGAAGACCUGCGUGCAUCGGGACUAUCCGUUAUUGGAACUGCAGCACAGAACAACAUUCCAACUCAGGACAGCUUUUUGAAAUAUGAUAAUGGUCUACGAAAACUGAUAGAACUUGGAAACGACCUGAAAGAACCUGCCAAUGUUAGAAUCAAAGCUUUUUAUGCCCUUUCUAAUCUAGUAAGAAAUCAUCCAUCAAUGGCUCAAAAAUUCAAGGAGUUAGGUGGGUUAGAUAUCGUAGCACCAGUUCUCACCGAUUUGAAUGCAAUAUCCAAGCUUAAAAUGAGAGCAAUUUCUUUAGUUGCUGCAUUUUUGACCUCUACUCAAAUUGAUGAUGAGCUGAUCCAGUUACUAAGAACUGAGAGUAUUAUUGGCUCUACAAUUGAGUGUUUAAAGACCGAAACGGACAUAAAUAUCAUUGACAGAGUUCUCAAUUUUUUGUCUCAACUAAUUUCCGCUCAUAUUAAAUUUAGUGAAGCGGAGGUUCAGGGACUGAAGACCGGUAUUCAGAACAUUGAACAAUGGAAGGAUAGAUUGAAUGAAGAAGACUUUUCGGUUGUAAAGCAUGUAUUAUAA